AUGUUAAUGAGGAACAUUGAUGUGGCUCGUGGUUUGUGCAAUGGAACUAGACUUAUUGUUGACAAACUGCGUCCUAAUUUAAUCUAUGGAAAAGUUAUGAAUGGAACUAAUGCUGGGGAGAUGGCUUAUAUUCCUCGAAUGAGUAUUACCCCUUCUGAUAGUGGCUUACAUGUAAAGAUUCAACGACGGCAAUUUCCUGUUUGUGUUUGUUUUGCAAUGACAAUAAACAAGAGUCAAGGACAAACUUUGGGUAGAGUUGGUGUUUUUCUACCAAGACCUGUUUUCUCACAUGGUCAACUCUAUGUUGCUGUCUCCCGUGUGAAAUGCAGAGAGGGAUUGAAGAUUUAUGUUGAAGGAACGGAUUCUUUGUUGGUAAAUGAAACAAAGAAUGUUGUUUACAAAGAAGUGUUUAAAAAUUUAGGAUAA